GGGAAACUGCUCGCACUGAGGGGGAAGAUAGCAGCAACAAUAUGGCGACAACCGCAGUUUCUCCCCAAUCUUUUCCACAUCUGCAGUCCUGCAACGGCUUUCUGGAUUCAUUGUAACGCUUACAAAAGCUGCUACUGUGGAUGGUACAAACCUAAAGACCAAGUAGCUGCAGGAUGAAAACAUGGCUGCACCCCUUCUUGCACCGCCAGGACCUGAUAGCUUCAAGAAGUUUACUGUGGAAUCUUUGGUGGCCCUUGAGCAGCGCAUCAAUGAGGAGAAGAAAAAGAAACCACCCAAGCAGGACAGCAGCUACCGCGACGACGAUGACGAGAACAAGCCCAAGCCCAACAGCGACCUGGAGGCUGGGAAGAGCCUGCCCUACAUCUACGGGGACAUCCCUCCAGGAAUGGUGGCGGUACCACUGGAGGAUCUGGACCCAUACUACCUGAAUACUCAAAAAACAUUUAUAGUGCUAAAUAAAGGGAAGACAAUCUUCCGUUUUAGUGCCACACCUGCCUUGUACUUCAUAAGUCCUUUUAAUCUGGUUAGGCGAAUAGCUAUUAAAAUUUUGAUACAUUCUCUUUUCAGCAUGAUCAUUAUGUGUACUAUUUUGACCAACUGUAUAUUCAUGACCUUUAGUGAUCCUCCCGAGUGGUCAAAACAAGUAGAGUACACAUUCACAGGAAUUUAUACAUUUGAGUCUCUUGUAAAAAUCACCGCGCGAGGAUUCUGUAUAGACGGGUUUACAUUCCUAAGAGAUCCAUGGAACUGGCUGGAUUUCAUGGUCAUUUCGAUGGCAUAUAUAACAGAGUUUGUGGACCUGGGCAAUGUAUCUGCGCUGAGAACAUUCAGAGUUCUCCGAGCAUUGAAAACUAUCUCUGUCAUUCCAGGCCUGAAGACCAUCGUGGGAGCCCUGAUCCAGUCUGUGAAGAAGCUUUCGGAUGUGAUGAUCCUGACUGUCUUCUGCCUGAGCGUCUUUGCCCUCAUCGGUCUCCAGCUCUUCAUGGGCAACCUGCGCCACAAAUGUGUGAUUUGGCCGAUCAACAUCACCGAGACCUACCUGGCCAACGGCAGCAAGGGCUUUGACUGGGAUGAGUACAUCAUGAACGAUACCAAUUUCUACUUCCUGCCUGGCCAGUCGGACGCUCUUCUCUGUGGGAACAGCUCUGACUCUGGCCGCUGCCCAGAGGGCUACACAUGCAUGAAAGCUGGGAGGAAUCCAAACUAUGGCUACACCAGCUUUGACAGCUUCGGCUGGGCCUUCCUGGCUCUCUUCCGACUCAUGACACAGGACUUCUGGGAAAACCUUUACAUGCUGACCCUGAGGGCGGCAGGGAAGACCUACAUGAUCUUCUUUGUGUUAGUCAUCUUUGUGGGGUCUUUCUACUUGGUGAAUCUGAUCCUGGCUGUGGUGGCCAUGGCUUAUGAGGAGCAAAACCAGGCCACCAUGGAGGAGGCCCAGCAGAAGGAGGAGGAAUUCAAGGCCAUGCUGGAGCAGCUCAAGAAACAGCAGGAAGAAGCCCAGACUGCUGCCAUGGCAACUUCUGCGGGCACAGUGUCAGAGGACGCGGUAGAGGACGAUGGAGGAGGGCGUCUGUCAUGCAGUUCCUCCGAGAUGUCGAAGCUCAGCUCCAAGAGCGCCAAAGAGCGCCGCAACCGGAAGAAGAAGUGGCGCCAGAAAGAGCAGGAGAAGGAGAAAGGCGACAGCGAGAAGUUUGUCAAGUCAGAGUCAGAUGACGGCAGCAAGAGGAGCCGCUUCCGUUUCCCUGAUAACCGACUGGGUCGAAAGUCUUCCAUUAUGAACCAGUCCCUCCUCAGUAUACCCGGCUCGCCUUUCCUGUCCCGCCAUAACAGUAAGAGCAGCAUCUUCAGUUUCAAGGGCCGCAGUAAGGACGUGGGUUCGGAGAACGAAUUUGCCGACGAUGAGCACAGCACGGUCGAGGAGUGCGAGGAGCGUCGGGGCUCCCUGUUCAGCCCGUACCGGCGGAGCAGCUACAGCGGCUUCCACGGGAAGAGGAACAGCACGGUGGAUUGCAAUGGCGUGGUGUCGCUCAUCGGCCCUGGGCCCGGUGGACGCCUUCUGCCUGAGCCAACUACUGAGGUUGAGGUGAAGAAGAAGCUGUCGGGCUCCCUGAUGGUGUCUGUGGACCAGCUCAAUACCUCCUUUGGGCGGAAAGAGCGGGCCAACAGUGUCAUGAGCAUCAUUACCAACACACUAGUGGAGGAACUGGAGGAGUCUCAGCGCAAGUGUCCGCCAUGCUGGUAUAAGUUUUCUAACACAUUCCUGAUCUGGGAGUGCUGCCCCAUGUGGAUUAAGAUCAAGGAGAUUGUGAACCUGAUAGUCAUGGACCCCUUCGUGGACUUAGCCAUCACCAUCUGCAUCGUCCUCAACACCCUCUUCAUGGCCAUGGAGCACUACCCCAUGACCACAGAUUUUGAGGACAUGCUGUCUGUAGGCAAUCUGGUGUUCACAGGGAUCUUUGCAGGGGAGAUGCUUUUCAAGCUCGUGGCCAUGGAUCCGUACUACUACUUCCAGGAGGCCUGGAACUGUUUUGAUGGUUUCAUUGUGACGCUGAGUUUAGUGGAGCUGGCUCUGGCUGACGUCGAAGGCCUGUCUGUGCUGCGGUCAUUCCGAUUGCUGAGAGUGUUUAAACUGGCCAAGUCAUGGCCCACCCUCAACAUGCUGAUCAAGAUCAUCGGUAACUCAGUGGGAGCCCUGGGAAACCUGACUCUGGUGCUGGCCAUCAUCGUCUUCAUCUUUGCUGUGGUGGGGAUGCAGCUGUUUGGAAAGAGCUACAAAGACUGUGUGUGCAAGAUCGCCGCCGACUGUGAGCUACCCCGCUGGCACAUGAAUGACUUCUUCCACUCCUUCCUGAUCGUCUUCCGGGUGCUGUGCGGCGAGUGGAUCGAAACCAUGUGGGACUGCAUGGAAGUGGCAGGCCAGGCCAUGUGCCUCAUCGUCUUCAUGAUGGUCAUGGUCAUUGGCAACCUGGUGGUGUUGAACUUGUUCCUUGCCUUGCUGCUGAGCUCAUUCAGCGCUGACAACUUGGCUGCAACAGAUGAUGACGGUGAGCCCAACAACCUGCAGAUUUCAGUCAUGCGCAUCAAGAAAGGCAUUGCUUGGAUAAAAGCGAAGGUGCGGAUACUGGUGGCCAGUCUGCUGAAGAAACCGCCGAUGGAGGACGAGCAGAAGCCUUUGGACGACAUGUAUGACAAGAAACUGAACUGCAUUGCUAAUCACACCGGGGUGGACAUCAACCGUGACCUGGACUAUGCCAAGAACGGUAACGGCACCACCAGUGGCAUAGGCAGCAGUGUGGGGAAGUAUAUGAUCGAUGAGGACCACAUGUCUUUCAUCCACAACCCGAAUCUGACAGUGUGCGUGCCCAUAGCUGUGGGAGAGUCUGACUUUGAGAACCUCAACACAGAGGACUUCAGCAGCGAGUCAGAUAAUGAGAACAGCAAAGAGCUGGAUGACACCAGUUCGUCAGAAGGCAGCACCAUCGACAUCAAGCCAGAUGUUGAGGAGGUAGUGGUGGUGGAGACGGUGGAGGAAUACAUGGAACCAGAGCCUUGCUGGACAGAUGCUUGUGUGGCCAAGUAUAAGUGCUGUGACGUUGACAUCACCAUGGGCUGGGGGAAGAGCUGGUGGUUCCUGAGAAAAACCUGCUACCUGAUUGUGGAGCACAACUGGUUUGAGACCCUCAUCAUCUUCAUGAUCCUCCUCAGUAGCGGUGCCCUGGCCUUCGAGGAUGUGUACAUCGAGCAGAGGAAGACCAUUCGGAUCAUUUUGGAGUAUGCCGACAGGGUUUUCACCUACAUCUUCAUCCUGGAGAUGUUGCUGAAAUGGGUCGCCUAUGGUUUCGUCAAGUACUUCACCAAUGCCUGGUGCUGGCUGGACUUCUUCAUUGUGGAUGUGUCUAUAGUCAGCCUUGUAGCUAAUGCGCUGGGCUACUCCGAUCUAGGGCCCAUUAAAUCACUCAGGACACUAAGGGCCUUGAGACCCCUCAGAGCCUUGUCACGUUUUGAAGGGAUGAGGGUGGUAGUCAACGCCUUGGUGGGUGCCAUCCCUUCCAUUAUGAAUGUGUUGCUGGUUUGCCUCAUCUUUUGGCUGAUUUUCAGUAUCAUGGGGGUCAACCUGUUUGCGGGCAAGUACUACUACUGUUUCAAUGAGACAUCCGAGGAAUACUUUCCUGUUGACGUGGUCAACAACAAGACCCAGUGUGAGGCCCUCAUUCAUCAAAACUUUACCGAGGUCAGGUGGAAGAACGUCAAGAUCAACUUUGACAAUGUGGGCGCCGGCUACCUCGCCCUGCUUCAAGUGGCCACGUUUAAAGGCUGGAUGGACAUUAUGUACGCGGCUGUGGAUUCCAGAGAGGUGGAAGACCAGCCUGACUAUGAGGUCAACAUCUACAUGUACAUCUACUUUGUUGUUUUCAUCAUAUUCGGCUCCUUCUUCACCCUCAAUCUCUUCAUUGGUGUGAUCAUUGACAACUUCAACCAGCAAAAGAAAAAGUUUGGAGGUCAGGAUAUAUUCAUGACAGAGGAACAGAAGAAGUACUACAAUGCCAUGAAAAAACUGGGGUCCAAAAAGCCACAAAAACCUAUUCCCCGACCACAGAACAAGAUCCAGGGGAUGGUGUUUGACUUUGUGACGCAGCAAGUUUUCGACAUCUCCAUCAUGAUCCUCAUCUGCCUCAACAUGGUCACCAUGAUGGUGGAAACAGAUGAUCAGUCAAAUGAAACGGAGAUCGUCCUCUACUGGGUCAACUUCAUCUUUAUCGUAGUCUUCACCAUGGAGUUCUUGCUGAAGCUCUUUGCCCUUCGCCACUAUUACUUCACUAAUGGUUGGAAUAUCUUUGAUGUGGUGGUGGUCAUCCUAUCUAUUGUAGGUAUGUUCUUGGCUGACCUCAUUGAGAAGUACUUUGUGUCACCAACCCUGUUCAGGGUGAUCAGGCUGGCUCGUAUUGGUCGUAUCCUCCGUCUGAUCAAAGGAGCCAAGGGCAUACGGACAUUACUCUUUGCCUUGAUGAUGUCACUGCCAGCCCUGUUCAACAUUGGGCUUCUGCUCUUCCUGGUCAUGUUCAUCUUCUCCAUCUUUGGCAUGUCUAACUUUGGCUAUGUAAAACACGGAGCGGGCAUUGAUGACUUGUACAACUUUGAGACCUUUGGCAACAGCAUGAUCAUUCUGUUCAUGAUCACCACGUCAGCCGGAUGGGACGGCUUGCUGCUGCCGAUCCUCAACUACCCACCAGACUGUGACCCAAACUUGGAGAACCCUGGUACAUCUGUGAAGGGCGACUGUGGUAAUCCCUCAGUGGGAAUCUUCUUUUUUGUCAUGUAUAUCAUCAUUUCUUUCCUGAUUGUGGUCAACAUGUACAUUGCCAUCAUCUUGGAGAACUUCAGCGUAGCCACAGAGGAAAGUGCUGAUCCACUCAGUGAGGACGACUUUGAGACCUUCUACGAGAUCUGGGAGAAGUUUGACCCGACUGCCUCUCAGUUCAUUACUUUCGCCAAGCUGUCUGACUUUGCCGACGCAUUGGAGCACCCACUUCGUGUGCCAAAGCCCAACACUAUAGAACUAAUUGCCAUGGACAUGCCCAUGGUGAGCGGCGAUCGCAUUCACUGCCUGGACAUCCUGUUUGCCUUCACAAAGCGUGUGCUGGGUGACAGUGGUGAGUUGGACAUGCUGAGGCAGCAGAUGGAGGAGCGUUUUGUGGCAGCCAAUCCCUCCAAGGUGUCGUAUGAACCCAUCACCACCACCCUCCGCCGCAAACAGGAGGAUGUCUCUGCCAGAAUUAUCCAGAAUGCUUACCGCGCUCACCUCAUCAGGCGCGGCAUCAUCUUCAAGCGCCACACUUUUACUAACAAUAAGCUUGAGAACGGCGGGACCAACCAAGAGAAGAAGGAGAGCACACCAUCCACAGCUUCUCUCCCCUCUUACGACAGCGUGACCAAACCUGACAAGGAGAAGCAGGACGAAAACAAGGAGGAGUGGGCCAGGAAAGAGAAGGACAAAAACCAAAAAGAUGAGUGGGAAUCCAAGUGUUAGGGUUCAGUGACUCUCAAAAUUCAAUAAAACACAGCGAGAUGAGAUUCUGAGCCCAAAUCCAACAAAUGUAGAAAACAUGAUCAUUUGCAAGUAAGAAAAAAAAAAAACAAACAACAAAAACAUACAAAAAAAUGUUUACAGACUCAAAUACUACUGAGGCAAUGUGGUUUCUUAUGUCGUCAAAGACAGCUGAACCAAACACAAUCAGUUUACCGUGGAACUUUUGCUGCAUAGUGACCAAGUUCAUAGAAAUGAGGAACAAAUACAAAAUGAAAAACAGUGACUCACAGUGUGCUGGCCAAUGACACACAUUUCUUUGGGGACCAACUGCCAAGGCACAUAAACCUCUGCUAGAUGAUUGGAGAAUUGCAAAAUCCCUGCCACCACCGAGUGUGGAACCCCCCGCAGCAAAGCUUCAAUGCUACGGGACUGGAUCACACAGAUCCCACUAGAACUGUGUUAGCAGUCUAAAGGAGGGUCUGUAACACUGCGUUUAUCAUCUUUAUCGUGAAGAAAACAAUAAUCAACCAAGCAAGUUUAGCUAGGAGGGAAACACUUGCGAGGGAGGGGGAAACCCAGAACCGCAGACAAAGAUUUUUUUUUGUUUGUUUGUGCUGAGUAUACUUGCAUCUUUACAUUAUUUGAGCAGCAAAAAAAAGAUAACAUUUAGCCCAUGUCACUAGUCUUUUCAUUUCCUCUUUGUUAUACUGACACUGAAAAAGACAUUUUCUACAUGGGCUUUCACACUGACCGGGUAGGGGUCAUUAGUCAUUGUUUUGACUUGGGCUGAAGGAGACUUGCUCAGACCGUGUUCCAGAUAAAUAAUAAUUAUUGUGCUCGUUCAAUGCAUAGAAAUGACUUGCAUGAAGGCAUGUUUUGAUCAGGAAUCAUGCAUGAGUAAUCAUAGUCCACAAGACACUAAUUCUCAGACCACUGCAGUGGCUUGAC